AUGAAGGUAGCAGACUCUUCUGAACAGACUUUGGUUGGUAAAGCAAAUGCAUCAUCUUACAACAAUGUGCCAACACUUGAGGAAAUCAGUUGCCUUGAACCACGUCAGAGUGCAAAGAGGCUUAUCCAGGUUCGGUUUCAUCACCACUUGCUUCCCAUGAGGUUAACCUUGCAUUACAAUGAAAAGAAGUUUCCUGUCAAGUUACGACCUGAUCUUGGAUACCUUGUGAAACCAUUUUCAAUGAGCAUCGAGGAAUUCUUAGCCACAGAAUCUCGAUUACCUGGAAUGUUUGAGUAUAGUCGAAGGUGUACAUUUGACGAUCAUGUUAAAGAUUCAAGAAUGGAGAAUGGGAAAGACAAAUUUCUCAGCAUCUGCGAAUGCAUAACACUAAAGGUGCUUAGCAACUCAAAUCUACACCUUGUGUCUGUGGAUUUACCAGUUGCAAACACACUCGAAGAUGCAACUGGGCUGCGAUUAAGAUUCGGCAGCAAAAUCUUGAGCAGUGAGAUCCCUCUUUUGAUUACCAUCACAGUGGAAGGCAAAUGCACCGAAGUUCUGAAUUUAACAGUCAAGAUCAAUUGCGAAGAAACAGUUUUUGGUCUAAACCUGUUGAACAGGAUAGCUAAUUUCAUGGUUGAGCCGUCUUCUUCAACCAGUUGAUAAGCAAAAUAAAGGAUUUUCUUGUAUGUCACUCACUAUAUGUGUAUGCUACUAAACCCUGUUUUAUAACAUUCUUUUUUUUUUAUAUACAUUUCUGUAUAAUUUAAAUAUAAAUACAAUGAGAUUUCAUAAA